AUGGGCGGGGCGGGAAGAAGGGGUGGGAGGAGAAAAAGGGAGAGGGGGAAGGGAGCGGGUUUUCUUUGUUUUACCACGAACACUAGAAAAAUCAAUAACUGGCUCUUUGUUCCGAAAUUUUCUUUAUUCGUAUUUUACUCCCCUGUACCCUCAUUUUGCAGCAUGAACGAUGGUUUGCUCCCGGCCGAGGCGCCAGAAUUAUUUGGUGCGAUGCCGGAGUUUUAUUUGGAGAACUCACUCGAUUUUGUCAUUUUUCUGUUGAGGGAGAAUCCGGUAGUAUUACUGGAGUGUCGUAUGGAUUUACCACAACAACUGCUUGUAUUCAUUUGCAGCACUCAUUAUUUUAACAAUAAGUUUCUUGCAGCAAAGCCAACGGCUUACCAGUUCCAUCAGAACCUUAUCAGUUCGCCAUUAGCUAUCGAACGCUUGUUUCCAAGCCUUGUCAAAUUUUACUCAGGUUGUUUUUUUUCCGAUGCUUCGGAGAGCUCGAUUUAA